UUGAAGUAGGCAAUGGUCAACAAACGUCAUUCUGGUAUGAUGACUGGUCUAACUUGGGCAGGCUUGUGGACGUUGUGGACAGCAGAGCGGUUAUUGAUAUGGGAAUCAGUUGGGCUAGCUCCUUAGCUUCAGCUUGGACUGGUCGUAGACGGCGACGGCACCGAGUGGAUCAAUUAAAUUCUAUUGAGGAGGCUCUGACUCUACAACUGCAGAACAAAAGCAACAAGCCGGAUGUCUUUCUUUGGCGAGGAGCAAACGAUAAGUUCAAGUCCCAAUUCUCUACUAAAGACACGUGGAAUCACACCCGCACAGCUUCUCCGCAAGUAGCUUGGGAAAAAGGUGUAUGGUUCCCUCAUGCUACUCCGAAAUAUUCAUUUUGUGUCUGGUUGGCGGUUCACGAUCGGCUUCCCACAGGGGAUCGUAUGCUUAAAUGGAACAUCGGCUUUUCUGGUACUUGUGAAUUUUGUCGCCGAUGCGUUGAAUCUCGGGAUCACCUGUUUUUCUCCUGCAAUUAUGUUUCGGGAAUAUGGGCCUCUCUUACAAAGGGUCUCCUCAGUACCAACUACACUACAGAUUGGUCGACUUUGAUUACUUUUAUAUCGACUCAGCACAAGGAUCUAGUUCAUACUUUCCUCCUUCGGUACGUCUUUCAAACGGUUGUCUAUGAAAUUUGGCGAGAACGCAAUGGUAGGCGGCAUGGAGAAUCUCCUAAACCAGCAGCUCACCUCACAAAAUGGAUUGAUCAACAAGUCAGAGAUAAACUCUUAAUAAUACGACGAGCUGGUGAUCAACGCUACAAUAGCGGUUUUCAACGGUGGCUUCACUUUCUAUGUUAAGUUUGCAAAAAAAUGUGGUUAAUCUUCUGUUUCUUUUCUAAAAACAUGAUGCACUAGUUGUACAAACGUUA